AUGUCAGGAGAUAAAAAGCCGAGACUGGUGAACGGAAGCAGUCGGUGUGAGGGGAGAGUGGAGCUGUUCUCUGAUGGUCAAUGGCUCACGGUGUGCGGAGCUGCCUGGAACAACCACACGGCUGAUAACAUGUGCAAAGAGUUGGGCUGUGGGUCUGCAUUGUCAGUAUCAGGAGAUGCUCAGUUUGGAGAAGGAUCGGGACCUGUCAUCGGUCAGUCUGGCUGUGGGCACGAGACAGACGGUGGUGUUUUGUGUUCAGAGCAUGUGGAGCUGAGACUGGUGAAUGGAGGCAGUCGGUGUGCGGGGAGAGUGGAGGUUCAUUACAGAGGAAUUUGGGGCACAAUAAUUGGUCGGGGGGUUUGGGAUCUGCUGGAUGCUGCGGUUGUUUGCCGACAGUUGGGCUGUGGGGCCGCUGUGGCAGCUCCAGAAAAUGCGUUCUUUGGAAAAGGGACAGGACAUGAUAUCACUUAUGAUGUUCACUGCAAUGGCACCGAGUCUGCUCUACAGGACUGUCGCUCUGCAACAUGGGGAAAAUAUAAAACUGAUCAUUCCAGUGAUGUCAGCGUCAUCUGCUCAGAAAUGUCAGGAGAUAAUAAGCCCAGACUGGUGAAUGGAGGCAGUCGGUGUGCGGGGAGAGUGGAGCUGUUCUCUGAUGGUCAAUGGCUCACGGUGUGUGGAGCUGCCUGGAACAUCCACACGGCUGAUAACAUCUGCAAAUUGUUGGGCUGUGGGUCUGCAUUGUCAGUAUCAGGAGAUGCUCAGUUUGGAGAAGGUUCGGGGCCCGUCAUCGGUCAGUCUGGCUGUGGGCACGAGACAGACGCUGGUGUUUUUUGUUCAGCACAUCGUCAGAUAAGAUUAACUGGUGGAACCAACCGCUGUUCUGGCAGAGUGGAGAUACAGUUUGGUGAUAGAUGGGGAACCCUCUGUGGCCAUUACUGGAGUUUACAAGAGGCCAAUGUGGUUUGUGAGCAGCUACAGUGUGGGGCCGCUGUGACAGCAGAAGGUGGAGCUCACGUUGAGAAUGGAAGUGAGAUCAUCUGGAAAAGCCACUAUGAGUGUCGGGGGAAUGAGUCACAGUUGUGGGACUGUCCCGUUUCGUCCUGGGAUCAGUUUAACUGCUCACAUGAGAACGAUGUUAAUGUCACCUGUUCCAGUGAAGACUGGCUGUUGAGGCUCAGCAAUGGUGGCAGUCGCUGUGACGGCCGAGUGGAGGUUUACACCAACGGCACUUGGGGCAGAGUCCUGGCUGAUGGCUGGGACUUGCACGACGCCAAUGUGGUGUGCAGACAGCUGGACUGUGGCUCUGCCAUGGCAGCCUAUAACUCUUCUAGAUACGGAGAAGGUGGAGGGACUGUGAGGCUCAACAAUGUUCAGUGUGAAGGAGACGUGACACGUCUGAGCGAGUGUAAUUCCUCCCGGCCGGCCACGACACUCAGUGUGGGCAGUGAUGUGGGAGCGCUCUGUUCAGACCAUGUGCAGUUGAGGCUGGUGGGGGGCAGGAGCCGCUGCUCGGGGAGGGUUGAGAUCUACUACACUGGGAGCUGGGGGACGGUGUGUGAUGACUCCUGGGAUGCUCGAGAGGCUGCCGUGGUCUGCAGACAGCUGGGGUGUGGGGCAGCCAUUAGCACCACACUCCCCGGCUCCUGUGGACGGGGCUCGGGGCCCAUUUGGUUGGAUGAGCUGAAUUGUGCGGGAAAUGAAUCUGCUCUGUGGGAGUGUCCCUCAGCUCCGUGGGGAGAGCACAACUGUCUUCAUAAAGAGGACGUCAGCAUCGUCUGUUCAGAGCACAAGGAGCUGAGGCUGGUGAAUGGGAAGCAUCCGUGUGAGGGGAGAGUGGAGGUGCUUUACAAUGGGACCUGGGGCACGGUUUGCUCAGACUCUCUGGACCGGAGAAAUGCUCAGGUGAUCUGUAAGCAGCUCAACUGUGGACCACUUCAGUCUGUUAAAUACCAACAGGAGUUUGACCAGGGAUCUGGACCUAUUUGGCUGCACGACAUGGAGUGUACUUCACAUGAGGACUUCCUGUGGCAGUGCUCCUCCGCACCUUGGGGUCAAAACAACUGUAAUCAUGAGGAAGAUGCAGGUGUCGUCUGUUCAGAUGUGAAAGUCGGGGAGAGGAUGGAGAGUCCACAACCCUGCGCUGGCCCCGGCCCGAAAUACCACCGAUUAGCAGGACAGGGGUUACGGUUGGUCGGUGGGAGCAGUAAUUGCUCGGGGAGAGUUGAGAUCUUGUACAAUGGCACGUGGGGGACGGUGUGUGAUGACUCCUGGGACCUGCGGGACGCCAACGUGGUCUGUAGAUAUCUCCAGUGCGGCCCGGCGCUCCGGGCUGUGCGAGAGGCGGGCUCCGGGCAGGGCUCCGGACCUGUGUGGUUGGAUGAGGUGCAGUGUCUGGGAGGCGAAUCCUCGCUGUGGGACUGUGUCUCCUCAUCCGCUCCCCACAGUGACUGCACUCACAAAGAAGACGCCGCGGUGACCUGUUCCGGGCACCGAGUGCGGAGAGGGCAGGUGAUGUCCACACUUGAUGCCGUGUGUGUAACGCUGGGAACGCUGCUGGCCCUCGUGCUGAUGGCACUCGCUGUACAAAUCAAACACAAUGUGCCCAGAGGAGGGACUAAAGGCCGAAGAUAUGUGUCUCUUGGUUCACAUCAAGGACUUUACGCAGAAAUCGAUGACCACCUGCCCAGGAGAGGCUCCCGUCAGCCACGACCUUCAUUGUCUGGACCCAACAAUUCUCUGUGGAAGCUGGAAUAUUACACAGUUAAUUUGCUGGCGAUUGUGAUCCUGUCAAGAGGAAAGUGCGGACUCUCCAAGUACAUCACUCAGUACUUGAUAGCCAUGACAGUGGCUGAUCUCCUGGUUGUCCUUGUGGAUGUUUUGUUGACCAAAAUUAACAAUCUCUGCUCAGUGAACAUUCCCUGGUACUUUACAACUGAUCCUUACAUUAUACUUAAUGAUACGCCGUGGUACUGUGUCUUCAAACCAAGCUUUUAUACCUCGGCCCCCUGGAAAGCGUUUGAAAGGCUUCACCGUGUUGUUGCUCCCAUGUUUGGUUUUGCUUUGAUUUGCCUGUUCAAUGCUCUGAUUAUCCGGCACAUUCUGAUGGCCAGUAAAGUCCGCAGGAGGCUUCGCGGUCAGAGAAAUGCUGAGAAAACUAUUGAUCCCGACAGCGACACACCUGGUGACAGCCUGACAUGUGCACAACAGCCACGUGUGUGUGAGGUCCUGCAGGAGAUGGUGGUUCCCCAACACGUGGUCAGGAGAGAAGGGCACAAACUGUCAGACCGGUGUCUUCACUGUGAGUCACUGGUGUUGGAUCAAGUGGAUGUACUGUCCACAUCAAACUACUACUGUUGUUUCCUUCACUUCCCAAAGCAUCUUCUCAUGUGGGCGGUGAACAGCACCGACUCCGGGCACCGAGUGCGGAGAGGGCAGGUGAUGUCCACACUUGAUGCCGUGUGUGUAACGCUGGGAACGCUGCUGGCCCUCGUGCUGAUGGCACUCGCUGUACAAAUCAAACACAAUGUGCCCAGAGGAGUUAAUUUGCUGGCAAUUGUGAUCCUGUCAAGAAGAAAGUGCGGUCUGUCCAAGUGCAUCACUCGCUACUUGGUAGCAAUGGCAGUGGCAGAUCUCCUGGUUGUCCUUGUAGAAUUAUUGUUGAACAAAAUUAACAAUCUCAGCGACACACCUGGUGACAGCCUGACAUGUGCACAACAGCCACGUGUGUGUGAGGUCCUGCAGGAGAUGGUGGUUCCCCAACACGUGGUCAGGAGAGAAGGGCACAAACUGUCAGACCGGUGUCUUCACUGUGAGUCACUGGUGUUGGAUCAAGUGGAUGUACUGUCCACAUCAAACUACUACUGUUGUUUCCUUCACUUCCCAAAGCAUCUUCUCAUGUGGGCGGUGAACAGCACCGACUCCGGUAAAGCUUUCCCACUGCAACGGCAUCUUUCACAGCAUUUGUGA